AAGACGCGCUCAGUCCCACGGGGGAAGUUCUUCCAGCGUGUCCGCCUCUCACGUCCCCCCGGCGGCCGGACCCACGCUACCUCGGCCGCCAUGCUGACGCGGGUGAAGUCUGCCGUGGCCACCUUCGUUGGAGGAGUGAUGCCCGGAGGCGGCGGUGGCGGCGUCGACCAUCCCGGUGCCUCGGAAAAAUUCCCGUAUAGCAGACCGGAGUUCCUGGGUCUGUCCCCGGACGAGGUGGAGUGUUCGGCGGAUCAUUGUGUCAGACCCAUCGUCAUCAUGAAGGAGAGCAAGAGGCUGCCCUGGUUCACCGGAUAUGCUGAGGUGAUCAAUGCGGGGAAGAGCACUCUAAAUGAGGACCAGGCCUGCUGCGAGGUGCUGGCGGUGAAGAGAAGACCUCCGGGGAGCUCCCCAGCGUCCAGCUGGGGCAACGUGGCCCGCAGGAGGUCCUCGCUGCCGAACGGAGAGGGUCUGGGCCUCAGGGAGGACCUGGCCAACACCGACAACCUGCCUUUCCACUACUGGGCGCUGUUCGACGGUCACGCCGGUUGUGGCGCGGCCGUGGUGGCGUCCCGCCUUCUCCAUCACUACAUCGCCCUGCACCUUCAGGAGGUCAUUGACAUCCUGUGCUCGCCCGACCUGCAGCCUCCCACCUGCCUGAGCGAGGAGCCCGCCCGCACCUACCUCACCCCCACGUUCCAGAGAGCCCUCACCAGGGCCGUGUCUCUACGAGGGGCGGCGGGGGCACCGGGCUCACCUAGCGUUCGGCCUACGCGCUUCUUCGCCGAGAAGAAAGUGUCGCAAGAAAGCCUGGUGGUCGGCGCCAUCGAGUAUGCAUUCAAGGACAUGGAUGUCCAAAUUGAGAAGGAGCGGGCCAUCUACAACAUCUCAGGAGGCUGCACAGCUCUGGUGGUCGUCUACGUGCUCGGUAAAAUCUACGUGGGCAACGCUGGCGACAGCAGAGCCAUCAUCAUCCGGGGAGGGGAAAUCAUCCCCAUGUCCACAGAGUUCACGCCCGAGUCAGAGAGGCAGCGACUGCAGUUCCUGGCCUUCAUGCAGCCUCACCUGCUCGGGAACGAGUUCACGCACCUGGAGUUCCCGAGGAGAGUGCAGAGGAAGGACGUGGGGAAGAGGAUGCUGUACCGCGACUUCACCAUGUCGGGCUGGGCCUAUAAAACCAUCCAGGAUGACGACCUGAAGUUCCCCCUCAUUUACGGCGAAGGGAAAAAGGCCCGCGUGCUAGCGACCAUCGGGGUCACCAGAGGUCUUGGCGACCACAGCCUCAGAGUCUACGACUCCAACAUCUUCAUCAAGCCUUUCCUCUCCUGCUGUCCAGAGGUCCAAGUGUACCCGCUUACGCAGUACCAACACGGCGCGGACGACGUCCUGGUUCUAGGGACCGACGGUCUGUGGGACGUCCUCUCCAACCAGGAAGUGGCCGAGUCUGUCACCUGCUUCUUGGCCAACUGCGACCCCGACGAUCCGUACAGGUACACGAUGGCCGCCCAGGAGCUGGUCAUGAGAGCUCGCGGCGUGCUCAGGGAUCGAGGCUGGAGGAUCUCCAGCGACAGGUUGGGCUCCGGAGACGACAUUUCGGUCUACGUUAUCCCGCUCAUGCACGGAAACAUGCUCGACUAAGACACAAACUUGACUCUAAACGUCCUCAUCCCUUCUUGUUCCAUCGAAAAAUAAUCGGAAUUGACAAUUGGACGUUUGUAACCAACGUAAAACUGCUGUGUCGGGUAUUUCUCUACUAAUACACCCUUAAAAUAUAAAGUAAAGUUAAAGUACCAAUGAUUGUCACACACACACUAGGUGUGGUGAAAUGUGUCCUCUUCACCCCCUGGGAGGUGAGGGGAGCAGUGGGCAGCGGUGCCGCGCCCGGGAAUCAUUUUUGGUGAUUUAGCCCCCAAUUCCAACCCUUGAUGCUGAGUGCCAAGCAGGGAGGUAAUGGGUCCCAUUUUUUAUAGUCUUUGGUAUGACUCAGCCGGGAUUUGAACUCACAACCUACCGAUCUCAAGGCGGACACUCUAACCACUAGGCCACUGAGUAGGUAAACACAAGCGCCCAACAUGGGGGCUGUGUACUGGUACUGUGUACAUACAUACAAGUGUCGCUGAGUGUGAAGACCAAGUAGUCAUGUGAUGCCAGCAGCUUGUAUCUACCAGAAAUUCUGUGUCAAUUGUUUGGAUACAUUUUGGAGUAGAAAGUGGAGAAAUAUUUGAGAGUAACAAUCAUACUUCCUUGACAAUCUUACAUUCUUGCCAUAAUCUCCUAGCAGGUGUUUCUUAUUGAAACUGUAGGAAGCCAUAUUGUACCUCGGAGGACUAUAUUUAGUACUAAUACUUGUAGCAAUGUGAAUACAUUAAGGUUUUAUUUAAUAUUUGUAUUGUUUACCUGAAUAUUGUGAACCAAAAUGGAUGGCACUUACUGUUAAAAAAAAAUCUCAUUUAUUGAAAGUAGACCCAACUAUCUGUUUGUUCUGUAUACUUUACAUCUGUAAUUACACCGUUUGGCCACUGCGUCAAAGUGGCGCUGUUCUAAAACCUACUUUUGUACCUCAUUGAUUGAUUGCUUGAGACUUUUAUUAGUAGAUUGCACAGUACAGUACAUAUUCCGUACAAUUGACCACUAAAUGGUGACACCUGAAUAAGUUUUUCAACUUGUUUAAGUCGGGGUCCACGUUAAUCAAUUCAUGUUUCUUUGUAUUAAAAUGAAUGAUUAAAUAAUAAUAAUGAGGGGACAGCCGUCACAUAAUUAUGUUCCUUUUUUUAUUCUGUAAGUAUUUGCGUGAAAUGUUUAAUUUUAUGUAAAUGAUGAAGCUGUUAAUUGUUUGUGAAUGUUGAGUUUUGUAUGACGGAAACCUUUCCAACCAUAAUUAAACAAGUCUUUUUUGAGUGGA